AUGGAACGGGAGUGUAUGGACAAGCUCAACCAGUACUGCCAAAGGCAUAAAUUUGUACUCUCUUAUGAUGAUGUUGAUAGGACCGGCCCAUCUCAUGUUCCUGAGUUUACAGUUGCAGUUAAAAUAAACAAUGUGGAAUAUGGUAGAGGCACUGGUAAAAAUAAGAAGGAAGCUAAAGCCAUAGCAGCAAAAAAUGCCUGGCUAAUGAUCGAGAAACAGCUGGAGAGCCCUUCAAGCAAUCUAACUGCAGAAUUAAUGACACCUCAGGUGACCUCAUCCCCUGUACCACCCAGCACCUCUAACUACAUCAGCAUACUAAAUACCUAUUCACAGAAGUCCUCACAAGUAGUUGAUUAUCCUAACAAAUGUUUUGGAGACGCCCAUGCUCCCAUGUUUGUGUGUAGCUGCACCAUCAGCGGCCAUGUGUACGGCAGGGGCACCGGCAUGACGCUGGCUAGCGCCAAACAAGCUGCUGCAAAGGAAGCAUUUGAGAAGCUGACUAGCGAAGGCUCUCUAACAAUAGGAAGCGAAAAAUCUAACAACAAUUCUACAUUUAGCAAACAUAGUAAUUCCCCUCAAGUGCCAACUCAGUCUGACUUGGAUAACAGCAGUAGACUGUUAUUGCCUUUGAAUAGAGACUCUGAAGACUCAGCUGCAAAGUUGGUAGAAAAAGUGAAAGACAUGGCAGUAUGUGAAUCGCCUUCACCUUCUCAGAGAGGUGCACAAGGUUCUGCCCCGAAAUGUCAAAGAAAAUUGGCGGCUAAUUUUGAUAACGCAAGAAACAAGGAAGAGGAAAAAAAGAUGUCGGAUUUAGAUAAAAAAUUCCAAGAUCUGGACAGAAAUACCGGUGAGGAGAAUGAAAAUCCUUACACUGUUAAUGAAAGAUUUCUUGAGAGUUUUAAAAAUAUAGAGCCUAUUGGUGAAGGUGGUUUUGGGAAUGUUUUCCAAGCAACAGCAAAGCUUGAUAAGAGAACCUAUGCAGUCAAACGAGUUCAAUUCACAAAGAAUGUAGAGCGUGAAGUAAAAGAACUCGCAAGACUUGAGCAUGAAAACAUAGUGCGGUAUUAUGGUAGCUGGGAAGGGUACGACUAUGUAACUUAUCCAGACUCAAGGCAGAAGUCAGACAAAAAAAUUAACUGUCUUUUCAUCCAAAUGGAAUUAUGUGAACAAGGGCCAUUGGAAAACUGGAUUGAAAAGCAUAGAGAAAAACGAAAGUAUCAUGAGAUGGCACAUAACAAAUUUUUACAAAUACUGAAAGGAGUGGAAUAUAUUCAUUCUAAAGGGUUAAUUCAUCGAGACCUCAAGCCCCAGAAUAUAUUAUUAUCACAUGAAGAUAAAAUAAAAAUAGGUGACUUUGGACUUGUGACUUCUGUGGAAUAUGAGACUCUGACUGAGAACAGAGGAACAAAAUCAUAUAUGGCACCAGAACAGGCUAGGGACAGCUACGGAAAUAAAGUAGAUAUUUAUGCCCUGGGAUUAAUUUGGUUUGAACUUCUUCUUGCAUGCAGUCGUCAUGAGAAGGUGACGAUUUGGCCUGAUGUUAGAGAAGGUCGAUUUCCGGAGUACUUCACCAAGCAAUUUCCAGCAGAGGCACCCAUAAUAAAAAAGAUGCUUUCAAGAGACCCUUCAGUAAGAUACCCUGCAUCUGAAAUACUGAAGUUUUUAAAGUCUGUUAAUAACGACAACUCACUUAAAACUCAUACUCAGUAA